AAAUCAGAAGUGAAAUAACUCAGCAACAGCGCGCAACAGGCUGCUAGCCGUUAAAAAUAACUAACAACCAAGAAAUAGCACAAGAACUCCCCCCAAGAAAAACCCAAUCACUUGAAGAAGAUGGCCACCGCAUCAGCACAUCUGCCCAUUCAGAAGCGCCGGCCGCACGAGCACAAUGGCGAGCCCAGCUGCCAGGGUCUGGAUGAGGUGAACCGCAUGUUCCGCAACUACUGGGAUCCCACGGCCUACUGGGUGUGCGACAAGCAGGGCACACGGGCUCGCCUCCAGCGCUGUCCGCAGUCGCAGCUCUACUCCGAGGAACUGGGCCGCUGCGUCCACUAUGCCGAUUGGGCCUGGACGGAUCCCAAGGAGCCGGCUGGCCGAGCCAAGAUCAGUCAAUCGGUGUCCACAAAUUAGUGAUAGCUUACGGCUAAGCUUAAU